AAUGUCUUUUUCCUUCUCAUGUUGCAGCAUUAUAUAGUUUACAUGGGGCAUCAUUCGCACCCGAACUCCGAGUCCGUUGUCAGAGCCAACCAUGAGAUUCUUGCUUCAGUCACGGGAAGCGCUGAUGGAGCACAAGAAGCAACACUUCACCAUUACAGUAAAAGUUUCCAGGGCUUCUCAGCCAGGCUUACACCACAGCAAGCUCAACAGCUUUCAGAAAACGAUGCGGUUAUCUCUGUGUUUGAGAGCAGAAUAAACCGACUGCGCACGACACAUUCCUGGGAUUUUCUAGGCAUAGACUCCAUUCCCCAGUACAACCAAAUGCCAAUGGAUUCAAAAUCCAAUGUUAUUGUUGGUGUGAUUGACUCUGGAGUUUGGCCGGAGUCAGAGAGCUUCAGUGAUGCAGGAUUAGGGCCUGUGCCAGAGAAAUUCAAGGGAGAGUGUGUUACCGGUCAGAACUUUACAUCUGCCAACUGCAACAGGAAAAUCAUAGGCUCCCGCUUCUAUUUUGAAGGAUUCGAAGCAGAGACUGGGCCUCUUGAGUCCAAUGCACCUCUUCCAUUCUUCCGAUCAGCUCGAGAUAGUGAUGGCCAUGGCACUCACACUGCCUCAACAAUAGCUGGAUCUAAGGUACCUAAUGCCAGCUUCUUUGGGAUGGCCAGAGGCACUGCCAGAGGCGGUGCACCUAGCACCAGACUCGCUAUCUACAAGGCUUGUUGGUUUGGCUUCUGUAGUGAUGCAGAUGUUCUUGCUGCUAUGGAUGAUGCAAUUUAUGAUGGUGUCGAUAUUCUCUCCCUUUCCCUCGGCCCUGAUCCUCCGCAGCCAACUUAUUUUGAAAACGCACUCUCCAUUGGGGCUUUCCAUGCAUUCCAGAAAGGAGUACUUGUUUCUGCAUCAGCCGGAAACUCUGGUUUUCCAAGUACUGCAUGCAAUGUUGCUCCCUGGAUUCUCACAGUUGCUGCAAGCACAUUGGAUAGAGAAUUUCAUUCAAACGUAUAUCUGGGAAACUCAAGAAUUUUAAAGGGUUCCUCAUUAAACCCACUGAAAAUGGAAAGAUCAUAUGGUUUGAUAGCUGCAAGUGCUGCAGCUGCCUCGGGAGUCGCAACAAAGAAUGCAAGCAUUUGCAAGGAAAAUACUCUAAAUGCUACCUUAAUUAAGGGGAAGAUCGUGGUAUGCACAUUUGAGACCUUCACUGAUAACCGAAAGAGCAAAAGCGUUGUUGUGAAAGAAGGUGGUGGUGUGGGAAUGAUUCUUGUCGAUCCAUUUCUCAAAGACGUCGGCUUUCAGUUUGUCAUCCCAGGCACUCUAAUUGGUCAAGAAGAAGCACAGGAGCUUCAAGCAUACAUGACGACUGAAAAGAAUCCAGUUGCUAGAAUCUCCUCGACGACAACAGUUCUAAACACUAAACCUGCACCGGAAAUGGCAGUGUUCUCAUCCAUGGGGCCAAAUAUCAUAACCCCAGACAUCAUCAAGCCAGAUAUUACAGGACCAGGAGUGAAUGUAUUAGCAGCAUGGUCUCCGGUGGCAACUGCUGCCACUGCUGAUAGGUCUGUCCAUUAUAACAUAAUUUCCGGCACCUCGAUGUCUUGCCCACAUGUAUCUGCACUUGCAGCAAUAUUAAAAUCAUACCACCCUUCCUGGAGCCCAGCAGCUAUAAAGUCUGCAAUAAUGACAACAGCAACUGUCAUAGAUAACAACAGAAGCAUCAUUGGAAGAGAUCCAAAUGGAACCCCUACCACUCCCUUCGACUAUGGAUCUGGACACAUUAACCCAGCUGCAGCAAUCAAUCCUGGACUAGUAUAUGAUUUUGAUUCCCAUGACAUUAUCAAUUUUCUCUGCAGCACAGGGGCUACCCCAUUGCAACUGAAAAACCUCACAGGAAGUCUAGUUUACUGCCCGAAGACUCCUACCCCCUCCUACAAUUUUAACUACCCUUCGAUCGGUGUGUCAAAAUUGAGUGGAAGACUUUCUGUUCAACGGACUGUUACUUAUUAUGGCAGCAGCUCAACGGUCUUUGCUGCAAAUGUGGAUUACCCAGCAGGGGUAAACGUUACAGUUACACCAUGUGAACUCAAGUUUACAAGGACUGGGGAAAAGAUGUCGUUCAUGGUAGAUUUCACUCCCUUCAAGAAUAGUAAUGGAAGCUUUGUGUUUGGAGCUUUGACGUGGAGUAACGGAAUUCAAAACGUCAGGAGUCCUAUUGGUCUCAAUGUGAUUUAAUUGUAGGAGCAAGAGUUCCAGUCAUAGCUGAAAUUUGUGAGUGUGUCCCAUCCAACGCUACGAGGAGAAAUGUACUUGUGUAAUAUAUCAAAUUCCAAUUGUUACUCCCUCUAACGUGCAUUUCUGUGAUUAUGGAUACGGAGUACAUACCUUCAUA